CGUCUUUGUGCGGUACUUUGUGCGGUUGCCGAGUGACCCAUCAACACAGAGAUGAAUGGCUUGAAGUUGUUGUUAAUUUCUUUUCUAUUUUUGGGAUUCCUUCACAUGGCAUCGUCAAAAAUAGGCCCACUUGUAAAGCUCUCACAACAAAAGGGAGGUGAUGUAAGAAGGGACAGACAUAGCUCUCCACCAAAUCAGUUGCCGAGUACUACCGCGAACUCACGUGUUUAGUUUGAAACACAAGCUGUCACCGUAUAUACCGAGUGCGGAGAACUGAUUCUCGGAAUAAAGCUGGCG